AUGUGGAAACAUUUCAAGUUCGAUCCAACUUCAGCUAACUUUUCAUAUCGUACUGAUGAAAAGUUCAAUGAAUUUGAUACUUUAUUACGAUGUGAGUGGGAUCGUGCUGUAACGCAAGGUCUUUUUACAUUUCAAAUUGAUCAUCAUGCUAAAUAUCGAAUACUUGAUAAGGGUAAUUUAAAUUAUAUCAUUCAAUUAAAUCCUAGUCGUUAUGAAAAACGUCGAACUCCGUAUCCAUUCGAAAAUGUGAAUACACCAUUUGAUAAGAAUAAAUUUAAUUUUAAUAAAAUCAAAAAUGAAGAAAUUCUUUUUUCUUUAGAUAAUGAACAAGAUAAAGAUAAAUAUUUAAUAAUAAUUAAUAAUUCACCUAUUCGUCCGUAUCAUGUAUUACUCGUACCUAAUCGUGAACUUGAACAACCACAAAUUCUUACUAUUGAUUGCAUUUUAUUUGGACUUCAAUUUGUUGUUUCAAGUGCUCAUCCAUAUAUUUUAGUUGGUUUUAAUUCACUCUGUGGUUAUGCAUCAAUGAAUCACUUGCAUCUUCAUGGUUUAUAUCUUCCUGAACGAUUAUACCUGCAAACAAUAACAUGUAAUCUAUUUCAUGAGAAAUCGAAUUGUUAUAUUUUAAGUUUAUAUGAUACACAAGCAUUUGUAUUUGAAAUUCGGAACCUGAAUGAAUUUGAGAAAAUUGCUCGAUAUGUCUGUAAAAUAACAGAUUAUUUAAGUUUGCAAAAUAUUGCGCAUAAUAUGGCAAUUGUAAAAGGAGAAUCAUUUUCAUCAUCAACAGAUGCUCUACGUAUUUUUAUUUGGUUUCGUCAAUCGGUUGUUAAUGGAACAAUGUUUGAACGAUGUAAUUUUGCAUGUAUAGAAUUAUCAGGAUUUAUGCCACUUCAAUAUGAAGAAAUUUUUAAUGAACUAACAGAAUCGGGAUUACGUGAAGAUUUAAAUAAAAUUGUAUUGCCAACAGACGUACAACAACGAAUUAAAGAAGAUGUAAAACAUUUAUUAGAUAAUUCAUUUUUAUAA